UCUGAAAUACGUGGCUUGAAAAUAAUCUCAGAACAGGCGAUUGCGUCUAGAAUCAGACGUAUAGAAGCCGUUGCUAGUGAUGCUUUUAUCGAAUGCUAGAGAUAACUACAUGAAACAGCUCUGCUCCACUCUCAAAGUAUGUUUUCUUCUGUAAUCUUUUUGCUAAAUAAAGAACACCUGAUUGUUUCCAAUAUUUUAAUUAUUAAAAUUCAUUCUGCAAAGGUGAAAGCUGAAGAUGUACCAGCCAGGGUAGAAACACUAUUGGAGGAAUUACGAAUGGUAAGAAAUGAAAUUUCAGCUAUUCGUGCUAAAGCAGCAGCUCACAGAGCCUGUAAGAACAGUUAAAGUCAGUAAUAUCUCACUAGCUACCUCUGAGAAGGAUAUUAAGGAAUUCUUCUCUUUUUCUGGUGAUAUCCAGUAUGUUGAAAUGCAAAGGUCAGCUCUCUUGACUUACCCAGUCUUGCACGUUACCUUCAAGGAAUCACAGGGAGCAGAUACAACUAUGCUUUUGACAGGAUCCACAAUUGCUGAUCUUUCAGUCUCUAUUACACGGGUUGAGAAUUACCAGCUGCCUCCUGAUGCUCCUCCCCUAACCCAUGUAAGUACCACAACUGUUAAAAAUAAUACUUUGGUAUCUGUUUUUAUAAUACUGUUCUAUCUAUUCAUUUUGAAAAUUUAUACAUAA